AUGAUGCGCAAGCUUCUGAACACAAUGUCCGCCGACGACAUCGAAAAGAUGAUGGAGAAGGCGGACACGGACUACAGCCAUUCGAUUGGCUAUGAUGAGUUUGUGACCUGGCUCAACUCCGAGCACCACGAUAGAGUCAUGAAGAUCUUGAACACGGAGGGCGACCUGGUGAAGGCGACCUUUCGUCUCUGGGACAAGAACGGUGAUGGCUUAGUCAAGAACAAGGACCUCAUCAGAAUUCUUGAAAAAUCCUGCGACACGAUGACGUCGAAGCAGCUGAAAGCUCUGGUUGAUACCAUCGACCUCGCCUCAGAAGCCUUUGCGAAUCGAUCAAGUGCGGGGGUCUGA